UCGAUACCAAAAUGACUAAAACACCCUUUCACACGUGACUCAUUAAUACAUUUAUACUCAAAACUCAUUGGGCCGGAUCACAAUAAAACCCAUUUUAGGCCCUAAAUAAAGAAAGUAUUAUGUUUUUUUUCUUUUCUCUUUUUAAGUGGAAUAAAAUAAUUCAAAUUUUUACCAGUUGUUUUUUUAUCAGGAUUUUUUUUUUACGUGCUUUCUCAGUUACCAUACAUAUACCAAAAUAUGAUAUUUUUCUUAAGCUUUUUUUGGGGGUAAAAAAAACAUGUUAACUAAUUUUAAAAUAAAACAAGACAUAUUAUUCUUUAAACAAAUGUACAUUUUUUAUGUUAUGUCUUCUUGCUUGAACUGAAUCAAAAAAAAAAAAAAAAUGUGGAUCAAUACAGUAGUUGCCUACAUAGAAAAAAAGGUCAAUGAUAUGAAUCCUUGGAAAUGACAUACAAUACAUUAGGCAGAACGUCUAAAUUAUGUUAUAAAGGGAUAUGAGUGGAACAAGGUGAAAUGAGUGUCUUUUUCAUGGUAGGCCACUAAGAUAAGCUUCCUCCUUGUUCUCAUGUACCUAACCACCAAUCACUCAUAUCUCAUACAAAUCCCAUCACAAUUUAAAGAUCUGCCUGUUGUUUUUGGGGAUUGGGUUCAGGCUAAUCCGUAUAGCGAACCCAAAUGCUUAAUAAGCAUGAGUAUCAAUACGAAUUAGUAUAAUUCUUUCGAAAUUAGACAAAAAUUAUGGUCUGACUAAUCCACAAAAUUACAUAAUGUAAAUGACAACAUAAACUCCUUGGUUACCCCACUAGCUAGUUGUACUAAUGAUAAUCCCAAAAUAGUGAGUCGUAUCAUCAUUCAUCAUCGACCACCAUAAUAAUAGUAUACCUAACAAACCAUUAUCUCUCUUUCUCUUUUUUCUCACUUUGUUUUAUUAGAUGCCGUGUAAUUAUAUACAUAAAAUAGCAUUUCACUACGAAACAACUAAACAAAAAAAACCAAAGAAAACACAACAAGUGGGGGGAGCUAGAUGCAUUACCACGGCUGCUGCUGCGGACGGUGCAGAGUAUCUACGUCGCCUUUGCCGGUAAUAGUCAUGAUCACGGUGGCCCUCGUCCUCUUAGCCCUUUCCUCCGUCGUGAAAUUCGAGGUAGCCGUCUCCUCGGGAGAAGAUGUGCUGAGCUGGCUCCUUCUCGCCGCGGUUCCAUUGGCUCUGCUCUUCGCCGUGAGAUGUCUCUCUUGCCUUGAAACGUCGAGGCGAUCUACUUACUACUGUCCAUGUGGUCGCUGGAGAUGCGUUUGCUACUACUAGACGUUUGUUUGAUCGCGCGUAUAGGGAAACUAUGGCUUAUGGAGAGAGAAGAUCAUCGAUCUUGGACUCAUUCUCGCUCUCGCGCUCUACCGUACCCAGUUCUUUUAAUCCUAGCCGUGGCUUCGGUGUUCUUGUUGACGUCAUGGUACUUCAGCUUGGAAGAUGCAGCCGAGUCAGCGGAAGAGCAUAUGAAUCUUGCUCUUCUCUUGAUCCCUCUGUUUCUCAUAGUCUUGGUACGUUGGUUAUCUUCCAUGGAGAACCCUGACGCUAUUCUUGGAUUGUUUUCGAACAGUCAACGUCGGGCUACGACUUACGUGAGUCCCGGUGCCGGAGAUGGCGGUGGAAGCUCGCCAUGGGGAGUGGCGGCGGUUAUAGUUUUGUUGCUAGUUUUGCUUCAGUAUCAGUCAAGUUUCUUGGAGAUGUGGUCUGGUUAAUGUUAUUGAUAUUGAUAGAUAGGCUUCCACUUCACAUGUUUUGUUGUUGUCGUCUUGUGGUCACUAUGAUGUACUUAUUAAAACUUGGUCAUUACUCCGAGGAUGAGGAUCGUGUGUGACUGACUGUGUUAUCUAAAUGUAUCUUCUUUUCACGUCA